AUGGCAAACUCCUUUUCUCCCGGGGUUGGCGUGAUUUGCGAAGUAGACAACAGAGAACAUCAAAUUGACACUAAUGGGAUUAACAAAUUCAGCUUGGGACUCCACGAUUCAUUACAUGAAUACAAAUCAGAACAAAUAGAUGCGCAUGCUAUGUCUUUUUCGGAAGUAGAAAAGAGCAAGUUGAAUGUGGAAUCUGACAAUGGUAAGAAUUUACUGAGAAGUGAAUCGAUUGAAGAUUAUAUUCCAGAUAAAGGAAGAAGAGGCAAACAACGAAAGCCUAGAAUUGCACCCUCGGUGCAAACAACUAAGAAUGUUUUGGUUUGCACAUCAUCAUGUCCUUCUUGUUUGUUGAAGCCAAUAACUAGGUCGUAUCAACAGAAUAACAGACCGUUAGUCAGAAAUGAAAUUCCAAAGAGGUUUCUUCAUCCAGGAAUAGAGAUGCUUCGUAUAACACACAGGAAGAAAGUCAAGAGAAUGCUUAGAUUGGAUAUUGAUACGAACCGUCUAUACUGGAACACUAAAUCAACGUCUUUCCUUGAGAUCGAAAAGAUCAAAUAUAUCAGACUGGGCGAUAAUGCUAGAAAUUACAGGGAAGAAUUUGGUGUUGCGCCGAAGUUUAAAGAUUUGUGGAUAACUAUAAUAUACCACAAUUACUCAAAAUCAAAUAAUAUCAAGGCGUUGCAUGUUAUUGCAUUGAACAAAACGGACUAUAACACAUUUCUCUACACACUGAACAAUAUGGUCUAUUUUAUGCGGCAACUACAAUCUGGACUUUGUAGUUCGGUAAACAGUGAUAGCUUUAUUCAGUAUCAUUGGAAUAACACGGUCGCCAAUGAUGGGAAACUUACAUUUAAAAGUGCUCUGAAAUUAGCCUUGAAACUACACAUUUAUAUAAGCAAGGAAUCUUUGUCAAGACAGUUUAGAUACGAGGAUAAAGAGGCAAAGGGAUUUCUUAACUUUCUGCAAUACAAAUCGUUUAUUAGGAAACUUGGUCAUCGCUCUGAAUUCAAAGCAAUAUUUGAACGCUAUUGUGAUGGAAACGUGAAAGAUUUAAUGAACAAGAAAGAUUUUAAGAAAUUCUUGUGCGAAGAGCAGAAGGAGAGAAUUUGUGACGAAUGUGCGUUGGACCAUAUUUUCAAUGAGUUUUCCUCUAAUGGUCAAACUCUAAAUUUUGAUGAAUUUACAUCUUUUUUAAUGAGUCUAUACACGAAUGGCAUUAGAAAUCUUGUGGAGGAUUACACGAAACCAUUGAACGAGUAUUUCAUUUCAUCAUCACACAAUACAUAUCUUUUGGGAAGACAAUUCAAUGGCAUUUCAUCUAUUGAAGGCUAUAUUCGAGCACUUCAAAGAGGAUGCAGGUGUAUUGAAAUCGAUGUUUGGGAUGGAGAUAAUGGCCCGAUCGUUACACACGGAAUGACAUUUACCGGGUCGAUUGAUUUCAAAUCGGUUGUGGAAACGGUGAGAAAAUAUGCUUUUAUAACUUCACCCUUUCCUGUUAUUAUUUCACUUGAGGUUCGCUGCUCUGAAGAAAAUCAAAUGAAAUGCGUAAACAUUCUUAAAGAAGUGCUUGGAUCAACACUUCUACAUGGAAGACUUGACAACAACCAAACAACGCUUCCUUCUCCUCUCGAGUUAAAACAUAGGAUUCUUCUUAAGGUUAAAAAAUCAAGAAUGAGUUCUAUCCCAACUUCAUAUAUUGAUAAUUCCAUGUACGGCUCACAAUCAACGACCACAUCAUCGUUCAGUGAAGACUCUACAUUUACAUAUCCGUUGGUAAGCUCGAGUACGAAUCCUACGUCAGGACAACUUUCAUCUGGCUCUCUAUCAUCUAGCUCAUCCAACACUACACAGGUUAUAAUGACGAAAAUAAUGCCAAGAGCUAAGAGAUCAGUACCAAUAAUUACUGAAUUGAGUUCUAUGGCAUUCUACACUGUUGGUUUAAAAUUCCGAAACUUCUCUCUUCCGGAAUCGAAGACUUUUAAUCAUUGCUUUUCAUUUAGUGACCGCACAGUGUCCAAGAUGCUUAAAGAGAUUACGAAAUUUAAUGCCAUAAUGAAACAUAAUAGAAACUACUUAAUGAGGAUCUACCCAUCCGUUUAUAGAUUCAAGUCGGAUAACUUCAAUCCGUUAGCAUUUUGGUCACUAGGCUGUCAAAUAGCGGCCACAAAUUGGCAGGUUUACGAUGCGGGUCAGCAGAUUAAUGAGGCAUUGUUUAAUGUUGGUACAUGUUCUGGGUAUAUCCUGAAGCCCAAAUCACUGAGAAUGCAUAAGGAUAAAUUUCGGAAGACAAAGGACUUUCAGAAUGUUAUGAGAUUUGAUAAAUUGAAUUUCAUAGAGUUGAAUAUCAUUUCUGCUCAACAGCUUCCUAAAUCUAAAGAUAUGAAAAUGAAAACUUUUGAUCCAUACAUUGAGGUUGAGCUGUAUAGCGGUAAAGUUCUUGACGCCGAGUAUGAGAUGGGAUCAACAAAUAUGAUUAAAAUGGGGGAAUCUUUAAUUAAAAUUAAUCCCGACAGCAUGGCCAAUCAUGGAUCAGAAUUUGAUUCUCAGAAACUAAUCAACUUGGGCUCCCCUUCUCUUGUCUUCAGGACCUCAUCAGUUUUACAAAAUGGAUUUAAUCCUAUCUGGAAUGAGAAGCUUAAGUGCAAGUUUUGCGCAAAUAAAGAAGAUAUGGUGUUCUUGAGAUUCCUCGUGAAAUGUAAUACACCAGAUAAAAGUGAUGUGCUUCUUGGAAUUUACUGUUGUCGGCUGAGCUAUCUUAAGCAAGGAUACAGACAUCUUCCUAUAUAUGAUCUUCAGGGUGAAGAAUACAUUUAUUCCUCUUUAUUCUUCCAUGUUAAUUAUGGUGAGUGUGAAUGA